AUGGCGGACGACAAAGUUGCUUCGUUGUUGAUGAAAUGGGAGCUGACCGACCAAAUCGUCAAUUUUAGAAAUUGUGGCAUUGACUCAUCAGCAUUCAAGCUGCUUGAUGCAAAUCUCGUGAAGGACGUGAUCCCGCAGUUGGGUCCAAGACUUAAAUUCAUUAACCGUUUUGAUGACUGGAAGAGAAAGGAUAAAGCAAACGAUUCUGCAGAAUCUAUACUGACAGGCAUGCAGAUGGGCUGGGAGUCACCCGAGCUGUCUGAUGAUUUCAUGAUAUCAGAUGUGGAAUCAGUUGCUUUAGACCUUUCUCAGGCUUCAACUAUUGCAGUAGAUGAAGAUUCAUGCUCAUCAGUAGUCAAUGAUUUGAACAGCAGCAGUGACACGCCACCACUCAAGCGCCAGAAAGCAGUAAGAUACGAUGUGGGUGAAAUUCUAAAGAAAACCAUGGAAGGAAGAAAAACGUUGGCGGAAGUAACUCGAAUGAAAGUCUGCGCACCACACAACACUCGUGUCGUCUGUAAUUUGUGUACAGAGCACCUUGUAAACUUGCAUGGCCUAAGACCUGGCCCUGACAUGAAACGGGCAAUGGCCUCCUCAAUCGUCGCAGAAUUCCCCUUCUUGAAAGAUCCAGCUGGAAAUGGAGAUGAGGAAUGGUACUUCAAAAGCUCCAAAUGUCCUGCAGGUGGUAGGAUAGAGAAUAGACUCAAGUAUUUAAGAAGAAUAACAGCGGAGAAAGACAAGAAGCAAGUCGGGGUUGGCAGUCCUGAGGAUAUAGCUUCAACAUCUUCCAGUGAGGAUCUAGCAUCUCCUCAGAUGAAUUAUGAUCUUGCAGACAUGAAAGUCAUCACUGAAUGGUUGAAAAGUCAUAACACCCCCCAAAAAGAUGUUGUGGCCAAAAUGCAGCUGACAUCAGCAUACAGAAAGGACUUUGUACAUUCAACACUGCCGGGAAGUUCCAGACAAAAGCCUUUUGUGGCUGAAGUGCUGGAUGAGUUUCCACAUCUCCUUUCCCCUGGAAUGAUUGAGCAAGACUACGAAAUGCUGUUUUCGGGGAGAGGAAAGCACCUCUAUACAAAGUGGCCGGUGGUGUCUGCGUGCAUCCUAGAAUAUGCAAACCGAGUAAGCCCAGGGUGGAAGGCCAGAUUUAACGUUCAGCAUAGAAAAGACACAGACUUCAGUCAAGAUGAGAGGAUGAACCUGGCAUUUUGCCUUCUCUCGCAUUUGUUCCCUGGAAAGAAGUCAACAAAGGGAGGAAGAGCUUCCAUCCAAGAAGCCUUGGAUAAUUUCAUUGACUUUCAAAAGGAGGGGACCAAUGUAGAGGCAUAUAAAUCUACGCAUGGGAGAAAGCAACCGUUCAUCCUGGCCCUAGGAGGACACUACGGCAAUCCAGCUCAGACUUUUGUUGUAUUGGAGAACCACGUUCUUGAGCAGAAGAGUCUCAUUGCAGCUGUAGAUUUGUGCUACAAGAUCUUUCAGGUCUUUGAUCUACAGUAUCCAUGCCAGGCGCGGGCAAUGUGGGUCGUAAUGGACACCAUUGCUUUUGAUGUCAAACCAGGAGCUCAAGAAUCUGGUUCAGUGAGAGCCUUCAGGGCAUAUUACCAUUUCAACCAGAAAUGAAGCCUUGGAAUGUGUUGUUCUAUCAACAGGCCUUUUGAUAUUGAAAUGAUCACUUAGAAAAUUGUCAUUAAAAAGAAAACGGAUUUAUGAACCCCAAACUAUUAUAAUAUUUUGAAAGAGUAACUCCUCCCACAUCUUCGGUACCAUUUUUGUGUGGUAUGUGUUUACGCUUGGAUGAACAUAGCACAUUGAUCAAAAGAUGUAAAAAGUGUCAAAGUAGGGGUGUAGUAAAAAUAACCCCCCAAAAAACAACCCCACACAUAUCAAACUGGUGUAACUUUUUAACGGAACAGUAUUGAGCAAAAUAACUUAAAAGAAGUGUUCUUACACCUAACAACUACAUUCUGUGUAAAAAAUGAGAUAGAUCCGUGGAGCCAUUCACGAGUGAGCACACGUCAAAGAAAACAAUGAUCACUUUUCAAGAGUAUCAAUAGUCCUUUUUAUGUCUAUAAGUGACCAUUUUCUCUUUGAUGUGUGCUCACUCAUAGAAUACUUGAUAGAUCAAUCUAAUCUUUACACAGAAUUUAGUCGAUAGGUGUAACAGCACUCUUGCUAAGUUACUUUGCUAAAAACCUUUUCGUUAAAAUGUUAUGCCACUUUGAUAAGGAUGGAGUUGCUUUUUUGUUGUUUUUAUUUUUUGGCACAAGUCGAAUUAUACAUGUUCGCAAACAAUGCACCAUGUUCAACCAAGCGUAAACACAUUCCACAUUAAAUGGUGACGAAGAUGCGGGAAAAGUUACUCUUCCAAAAUAUGUAUAAUUUGGGGUUCAUAAAUUGGUUUUCUUUAUAAUGAAAAUUUUCUAAGUGUUUAGUUUUUUUUAGUCACUUUGUAAUGCAGCACAGUUUUUAGAUUUACAAUUCCUGUUGUUAUCUUAGGAUUUUAAUAACAUCAUAUUCAUGUUCUUUGGAAAAACCAAUCAUACAGAAAGAUGCUUUGCAAUGCGCUCUCCAUUGUUCUCUCAAAUAAUCAACAACUCUUCGAAUUUGUAACAUUUUGAAUUAGCAUUGGUUUUUAUAUGAGGGCAACUCUUGUGUUGCAUAUUGUCCUGGGCAUGUUUCAUUGUUGUAGUUAUAUGCAGCCAAAACGUUAACAGCAUAUAUUGAGAUUUUUAUUGUGAACCAAAUUUAUGGCUUAUGUACAUGCCAUUUUCUGUAUUUGUUAAUUAUAUAUAUGCCAAUACAACAAAAUACAAACAAAAAUGUGGCCAGGACUACUUCACACAAAUGGGGCAAACAUCAUGGUUUUUGCGAAACCCAUAAACUGGCACUGGUAUGAAGCCAUUCUACUAAUUCUGAGUGGAUAUUGGGUGUGAGUGCAUUAGUGAAAAUGCCAAAAUAAUAGUGACCACGGUUUCUAUCAGCUACAUUUUGAGUGUUUUUCUUCUUGUAAAAACAAUGAGAAAUUACAUGGAACAGAUGCUUCAGCCUUCUUCAAUUUUGACACAAAAUUGCACACUCUUUCAUGCUGUGAAAAUUUGUUAGAAUCAGCUUGAAUAUGAAAUUUUUGAAAAAUGGAAGAUUAAAAAAAUUGUAUUUUUUCUGUCCUAAGCGUAUUAAGUGUUAAAGAACAAGAGCCAUUUUUUCUUGUUUGCUCUGCAGAUUAUUGAAGUUCUUUUGAGGUCAAAUUUUAGAGGGUAGACUAUAAUCAUCUGAUCAUUAUCUCUAAUUGCUAAAUACAAAAGUGUCUUAUUUUCCUAAUUAUGCAACUACCUUUUACUUCUUGUUUCUACAAUAAUAAAUGUUGGGCUUCUUUUUUUCUCCCUUCUUUUUUUUAGGCUGAAUUUCCUUAGAUUUUUUAAUGUUCUGUGUUUUGCAUUUUAAUAUUUGCUUUCUUGUUAUAAGAUGAAAAAAUUAAAAGAUCUUUUUGU